AUGAGCUGUGGCUCCAAGCAGACCUCUCGAAGCUGCCUGCACGGGAGCAGUGGUGGCGGUGCGAGCAGUGGUGGUGGUGGAGGGGGCAGUAAGUAUUCCUCUGUCUCCUCAAGAAGAAUCACUUCUACGACAAGAGGUGGUGGCAGGAUUUCUGGCAGCAGUUGUGGCGGAGGAAGUUCCAGGAGCAGCUGUGGUGGGGGAGCUAGCGGUGGCAGCUAUGGAAAGAUCAGGCGCAGUAGCUACGGAGGAGGAAUGAGCAGCAGUAGUUAUGGAGGAAUGAGCGGUGGUUAUUAUGGAGGGGGAGUGAGCAGUGGUGGUUAUGGAGGGGGAAUGGGCGGUGGCAGCAUGGGAGUAGGCUUUGGAUCAGGUGGGAGUGGGUUUGGUGGUGGUUAUGGAGGCAGCUUUGGUGGAGGUGGUGGCAGCUUUGGCAGUGGUGGCUUUCAUGGAGGGAAUGUGGGAAUUCUCUCCAACGAUGAAAAGCUGAUGAUGCAGAGCCUCAAUGAACGCCUGGCUUCUUACCUGGAUAUGGUCAGAAAUUUGGAAAUGGAAAAUGCUCAGCUUGAACAAUUAAUCAGGGAGUGGUAUGAGAAGCAAGGUCCUACUGGUACAAAGGACUACAGCCACUAUUAUGAAAAAAUCGAAGACCUUCAAAAUCAGCUUGUGACUGCGGCUGUGCAAACCAACAGAGUACUUUUGGACCUGGAUAACACAAGGAUGACUGCAGAAGACUUCAGGAUAAAGUACGAGACGGAAUAUGGCCUGCGGCAGAAUGUGGAGGCUGACAUCAACAGCUUGCGACCCUUGUUGGAUAAUCUGACUCUGAGCAGGUCUGACCUGGAAAUGCAAUUUGAGUCUCUACAGGAGGAGAUGAUUGCCCUCAAGAAGAACCAUGAGGAGGAAAUGAAAUUGCUGCAAACGCAGUCCAGUGGUGAUGUGAAUGUGGAGGUGAAUGCUGCUCCAGGGGAGGAUCUGAUGAAAAAACUGAAUGAUAUGAGACAAGAAUAUGAAAAUAUUAUUCAGAAAAACCGUGAAGACGUUGAGAAGUGGUAUGAAAGCAAGAUGGAGGAAGUGAGUCAGCAAGUCCACUCCAGCGGCCAGGAAGUGGAAUCAAGCAACCAACAGAUCUCUGCGCUAAGGCGUGAAUAUCAGAGCCUGGAAAUCGAGCUGCAGUCGCAGAUCAGCAUGGUACAGUCUUUGCAAUCCAACUUGGAAGACACAAAACGUCGCUAUAACAUGCAACUGCAGCAGAUCCAGGCUAUGAUCGGCCCCUUGGAGGAGGAGCUGGCCAGCAUCCGCUGUGAGAUGGAGAGCCAGAAUGAAGAGUACAAGAUGCUCCUGGGCAUCAAGACCCGCCUGGAACAGGAGAUUGCUCAGUACCGGGCACUGCUCGAGGAAGGACAGCAUGAUAUUAGCAUCUCACGGGGAGGAGGUGGUGGUGGAUCUUCAGGAGGAGGAGGCCACGGAGGAACUCACUGGUCUUCUGGAAGAGGAAGCAGUGGAGGAGGAAGUAGCUGGUCCUCAGGUGGAGGAAGCGGUGGAGGAAGAAUUGGAGGAACUUGCUCUUCCAGAGGUGGAGGAGGAGGGAGCGGAGGAAGAACAGGAGGUGGAGCCUGUGGUAAAGCUUCAGGUGGAGGAGGUGGCAGUGGUGGAGGAGGAGGGGGCAAAUCCUGCCUCUCCCACUCUUCAUCUUCCCAGUCCCACUCUGGCAACUCUUGUGAAAGCCAAGUUCCAGGAGGUGCUGAACACCUGAAGCUCUGCCUGGAAGGGAAUAAGACUUUGGAGAGAGGAGCCACAAUGGAGGAAGUGUCCGAAGCCAUAAAAACAAUGAGACUGGGGAGUUUUAGAAAGGCUGAGGAGUGA